AUGGAUGAAGUCCGAGAUAAAAUGAAGGCCACUCAGUACCACCAUCCAUUAUCAUCGCCGUCGUCCUUGGUUAAUCACAAACCUUUGCCCGCCAAGCCUCCGGCGCCAAAGGUUAGAGAUAAUAUCGCUCCUCAUCCGAAAUCGCAAGUCAGGAACCCCGAGAAGCCAGCAAACUCGAAAAAACGCGACAUGUCUGAAAAAGGGUUCGAUCCCUUCAGUUCACUGAUUACUUCCAGUAGGAGGAACCCUAAUGGGUAUUCUCUGCAAGUGUUUGAGUGUCCGGUCUGUGGUAAGGCGUACACAUCUGAGAAGCAAAUUUCUAUCCAUAUUGACUCUUGUUUGAAUGCAGCGGACUCUGGAAAUGAGUUUGGCACUAAAGAAUCGGAUGAGAUUAUGAAUCAACUGGAGACCAGUGUUGGUUCUUAUGUAUCUGGGAAGCCUAGUGAUGGUUCGAAGGAGAUUGUGUUGAUACUUUUGAAGAAUGUGGUGAAAGACCCUGCAAAUGCAAAGUUCAGGAAGAUAAUAAUUGGGAAUCCAAAGAUAAAGGAGGCAGUUGGGGAUGUUCCUGGGGGGAUAGAGUUGCUAGAGUGUGUGGGGUUCAAUCUUACAGAGGAAAAUGGGGAAAUGUGGCUUAGGUUGGUUAAAACUGUGAUAUCAUUGCUCGAGACGAUAAGGUUAAGGAGUUGCCGCAGAUUGUUCCGGCUAAGAUUGAGGAAGAACCUAUUGAACCAAAGCAAGUUGACCGACAGUGUUGCUGCAAAAAUUGAGCUGCCUGAUUCUUUCUAUAACCUUACUGCUGAAGAACUGAAAAGGGAAACCGAUGAUAGAAAGAAUAAGAUAGAAGAAUCUAAGCUUUUAAUUCCUAAGUCCUACAAAGAAAAGCGGUACAAGAAGACUUUUCCUGAUGGAGUUGUACUUCAAGCUAUCUUUUCACCAUCUGAGUCUACUGGAGCUCUAUAUGAGUUUGUGAGCAAUGCACUGAAAGACCCAAGCCUAGAGUUCAGCCUCCAACAUACGGAUUUAGUCAAGCACCAGUUGAUCCCUCGUUUUCCAGCAAACGCAGGAAAAGCACCAACACUCGAGGACGAGGAUUUGGUGCCAGCAGCCCUUAUUAAGUUCAGACUAAUCGAGGCAGAUGAAAUUGUUUUUACAGGACUAUGUAAUGAACUUCUUCUAAUCAGUUAACCUUUUGUGUCGGGUUCGACUGUUCCUUCAUCUUAACCUGAAUUUGGGUUCUGAGUCCAUCCUUUGGAAUGUGAAAAUUUUACAAAUAAUCGACUCAUGUUUUAGAAUUUUUGAUAUAUGUAGUUGACAUUUCACAAUCAGGGCAGAAAAUAUUGUCGUGCGUCCGUUUUGUCACAGUACACAUUUUUCUCCAUGUGUGGUAUGGUUAAAACUCAGUUUGUACAGAUGAGUUUGGCUUGGGGUUGUUUGAUAGUAUCAAAUCUUUUAUCUGUUGC